UUAUCUCGUUUGUUUUUCUUUAUAGUUGCUAAUUUGAGACAUUCAUUAUAUACCAUGAGCAUCUUGUUAUUUGUUUUUAUUUGUAUCUUUGUUCAUUCUGCUCUACAUCCUUGUGGAUAGAGCGACAGGAAAAGCAAGUUGAAAAACGAAGAGGAGGGAAGAAAAUUCAAGAUGUUCGUUGUGGGAAAAGCUGUGUAGAAAAACAGCAUUAAAGAUAUUCAUGGUGGAAAUAUAAAUUCUGUUGUAAGUCGUUUAAAUUGAUGAAUGGACCUUGUCUUUAUCUGUCUUUGUCCGGAAAUCAUAACAGUUUUUGGGGGACAGAGAAACUGCACGGUGUCUGCUGAAGGUCCAGUUCUGUCGAUGAUUUCGCUGGCAUCCAUACGUGGAGGACAUGAGAGUCCGCUGGGGUUUGCUGUUCUGGCCCCAAAUAAAGUGACAAGUACAUAUGCACACGCCCUCCUCCACCUGCUGCCGGCCUCAUGGAUCAGCCGCAGGUCACAGGGCGCAACGGUGUAAGGGAGACAACAGCGUCGGCUUCAAAACAUCAUUACUGUCUUGGUGCUCUCCCUUAGACCAGGCAAUGGGACAGAAGCGUGGAGCUGAUUUCUCCACUGGCUCUGACAAACACGAGAUUUACAGGCUUGGACUUUAGAGACGUUUAUGAAUGAAUACAUUGCACACAGGAAAAUACAGUUGCAUACAAUCUGACUGUGUGUAAAAUGACGGCACCUCCUGGAUGCAGGAUAAACGGCUGUCAUUUAAAAGCAAAAGGGAGGGGGAGAGAAUCUAGUGAAGAAUCUUUGAGGGAGGGAAAGCCUGGUGGCUGGAGCAAGACACUUUAACAGCCGGGUGACCAGUACACAUCACGUGCUUAGUACCCGAGUUGUGGGACGGUGUAUGUGUUCUAAUGACAUAAACUCGUGAUGUAAGAAGAUGUCAGACGAUGUAAGACGACUCAUCAGACAGGUUAUAAACAGGUAACGAACAGACAGGUGUAUCCGACAUGCCAGCCAGCGGUGACAAUGCUGCUACGUGUGACGUUCCCUCUGGUCGUCAGACAGACGUCACUUAUUUUUCAAUACUCACUUCAACUAGUUCAUUGAUUUAUUGAUAGUAUUUGGAGUCUGGAGCCUUACCUGGAAAUGUUUCAGCAUGGAGUUACCUACAGCUGUACAUUGAAGUGAGAGUGUCUAAACUUUACUGAGACAUUUUUGUGAACGUUUUCAGUUUUACCUCGGAGUGACGUCACGCAUCAGAGAAGGGCGUGCACGAGCUCACGUCAUAGUCAGCCACUUGGGGCAUCAUGGGAACCGGAAGCCACGCCACUGCCAACGGACCCCUUCGGGGCCUGCAGCUUCAGACACAGUCGACGUGAAGACAGAAAAGUCCACAAAGAAACACAAAGUGCAGUCACGUGACCAGUCACUUCAUGAUGGGGUACCAUACGACGUCGGGUGGGCUUGGAUGAUCGUUUUGGCCGGGUUCGUCAACUUCGUCAUCGCGUCAGGCUACAACAAGGCCACCUUCAUCUUCUUCGUCCGCUUCUUGCGCGAGUUCCGAGACUCCGGUGUCAGAAACCGCCCUCUUCUUUGGGGUCAAAGCCGGGGUCAACAGCAUCGUAGGUCUCUUCAUCAUGAACGCUGUGGUUGGGAGGCUGGGCACCCGUCGCACAGUCCUGGUGGGCGGCUUCUGUCUCUCCAUCAGCGCCAUCUUGGGAUCCUUCGCCACCAACAUCACUUACCUGAUUUGUACACAGGCAAUCUUCCAUGGUUUGGGAAUGGCCAUGCUCAACAUGCCGACGACAGUUUUGAUUGGAUUCUAUUUCCGGAACAGACGCUCGUUGGCUAACUCCAUCGCCAAGUGUGGGGUAGGGGUGGGGUCUGUGGUCUUCCCCCCUCUCAUCACGUACCUGCUGGGGGAGUACGGACUGCGGGGGUCGAUGCUGCUGUCGGGGGGGAUCUGUCUUCACGCCAUCGCGUGCGCGACCCUCCUGCGGCCCACGUCCUUCUACACCAGACGACACCGACGACAAAAACCGAGGAACGAGGCUAAUGACGACACGACCAUCACAGACACCGCCGACGACGCUCUGAUGAGCAAGGACCAGAACUCCGGCGAGCAAAGCAAAGGGGAGCCACUAGAAAGCAUUCCAGAAGAAAGGGAGGUGAGGCAAAAAGCACCAGAACCAGACGACUCCUUGCUUCUCAACACUCCAGACCAAGAUGGCGUCACUGCCUUGCUCGUCAAUGACCUUGCUCAGUACACUCGCCCCUCACCUCAACCUGUGACGUCAUUCACGCGAAGCAUGCCGGAACUGGUCUUGCAGUCCGACAGAUCUGUCCCAAGAAGACGGACCUUCUCUGAAAACGAUUCCAAGGUAGGAGACCACAAGAUCGUGGCAAAGAAGAGCGUUCUGGAUGCCCUCAGCCACUCCAACCUCAACAAGUACAUGUCCAUGCCAGCCAUCGAGGACCUGGAGCCUCUCAUAGGACACAGAACUUUGUCCGACCCGGAAAUACACAUUAAGAAAAGGACGUGGCUGUCGCGCACGGUGCGCGCGCUGCGAAGCAUGGGGAGCGUGCUGGACUUCAGCCUCUUCCGCAGCCCCAUGUUCCGCGUGCUGAGCAUCUUCUACCUGCUGUGUCCGCUAGAGGCCGCUGUCACCACCUACAUGCCGGCCAUGGCGCAGGAACAGGGCCUCACGGAGAACCAGGCCGCCAUCUUGCUCAGCAUCAUCGGCGGCCUGGACUUCUGCUGCCGCCUUGGUUGUGGGUUCUUGGCCGACCUGAAGAUUUUGCGGGUGUCCACCAUCAUCUGCAUCGGCUUCAGCGUGCUGGGUGUCGUCUGCCAGUUCACCCGCUUCCUCAACACCUUCCCGCUCCUCGUGGCGCUGGCCGUGGCCCAGGGGUUGCUAGGGGCGUGGCCGCUUGCUUGCUGCCCAUCCUCAUCAUGGAGGACAUCGGAGUGCAGCAUACGGCCAAGGCACUGGGCUUCCACAAGCUCUUUAGUGGGGCUGUGAUGGCGGCCUUCCACCCUCUGCUAGGUUACAUCCGGGACUCUACUGGUUCCUUUAACGCCAUGUACCACGUGAUCGGCGUGUUCACGCUGCUGGCGGCGGGCGUCGUCUUCUGCAUCCGGUUCUUCAGCCAUGACCUUCCAGAGGCCAAGGACAGCAAGGGAGAGCACCAGGAGUCGAUACCUUUGAGCAAAGAGAAAGUGUGAUGUGCUCUCCCCUUAGCGGGACAAUAAAUUAUCUCCGAUGUGUGUGUGGAGUGGGUGGAUGGCUGGGCGGGUGGGUUUGUGUGUGUAUACGAGUUACUGGUGCAGAUGUAUUUGUGUGCGGCAUGGUAGUAAGGACAUGUGCCAGUUGCCCUUAACCCCACUCCCACAGCGCCCUUUGACCUCAAGAUGUAAAUAUCGAUACCAUUUACUGCACAGUAAUCAGGUCUGAGACAGUGAAGCCCAGUGAAACCUUUGUUGUAGUUAGAGGGGCCUUUGUUGACAAGCUGACCGUGGGUCUCACCAGACAAAAAUGUUUACAAUAAAUUAUUUGCAAUGGCGUGGAACAAGUUGAAGUGUGAGCGUGUGUAAAGCAGUG